GUAUAUCUAUGUUCUUUACUCAAUCUCUGUGGUUCCCUGUCUAUCUCUGCUGUCUACAUGAGCAACAUAUACACUAGAUAUAGCAUAUAUGUGACUGCUUCUACAAGCCAGGGGAAGCGCGAAAAGGAGACAGAGACCAGACACUGCACUAUACUAUACUACUAUAUAUACUAUACUACAGAGGCAUGAGCACAGACACACAGCGCCUCAUGGCAGACACAGACAGACCCAAGCUACAGCGCAAGCCAUCUCUCUUCCGCGCACUCACCUCACCAGGCCUACACAGGAGCAACACAAAAAAGGCGCAAGACACAGCAGCGGCCACGGACACGACUACAGGCACGCCCAGCAACGGCGGCCUCAAGGGCAACAUGGGCUCCAUUCGAAGACGCCCACAUCUAGGCAGCAUCAGGCAGCGUCUCUCUGGCGUCUUUUCCUCACCCGACACGGCGCGCAUCAAGAAGGAGGAAGAACCGGUUGAUGAAGACUUCUACUACCGUCCUGUUCCCUUUGCAUUGACCUCCGGUGAGUGCAAGACCAUCUACCUCAUGCGCAGUGCCGAGGAUCUCAUUGAAGUGCGCGAUGAAAGUAAAGCACACGCCAUCUACACCACCAAUGCACCCGGAAAACUUGAUAAAAAGAGUAUGCCAGAGACACUCUUGAUUUGCUCAACGGAGCACGAUGACUCAAAGGCGAAAUCACCCGUUGCCAUCUACAAGCACAAUGAUGCUGUUGUUUGUCAAAUCAAGGGACUCACGCCCAUUCGUUUCUACAAGGGUAAACCAGACUGUGUCCUCAAGGUGGAUUGCUUCGAGACGAGCCAGGUGAUUCGUCCAAGUAACACCGACGCACGGGCCUUGUCGACACUCAGUAUCAAUAGCCCAACGCCCAAUCCCGACACAACAGCCAAAACGGAGAAACCUCGCGUGCAGGAGGAGAAACCCGGUGAGAUCAAGACGCUCAAGUAUGCAUGGAAGCAUACCUCUGUUUGUGGUAAAGGUGGCUUGAAACUCGUUGAUUUACUCGAUGGUGAGAUUUUAGCCUACUACGAGCAUAUCCGCAUCCCAGGCAAAGCUUUUGCAAAAGUCAAAUUGCAAGGGAGUGGUUUGCAUGCCAUGAAACUCGUCGUGGCAACAUUACUGGCCAUCCGGGCUAAAUCUGGCUUGUCGGAGAGUAAUGAGCAGCAUGCAUUGGAGGAGGUUCAGCAAAUGACUUUGCAGAUGCAGCAGAGCAAAAAGUCGAGUGUGCCGCCGGUGCCGAGUAUUGCCUCUCGUUGGACAUCACCGCAGAAGCCAGUGACUGAGGAGAGGGAGACGCUGGAUGCAGCUGUUGUCUCGGCAGAAACGGAGCAGGCUCUGUUCUCUACCGUGCCCAAGGCUUAGACAUGAUUUGAAUGAUACACUGGACACUGGUACACUGGAUACGACGGGCCGUUCCAUAUUCUCUUUUCUCUUGUAUAGAUUGAUUCAUUUGCUUAAUCAGAGAUCAAUAUUCCAAAUUCAGACUU